GACACCGCUGCGCCUCAAAUACCGGAAGUGGCGCCCGUGUUGUUGUCAUGUGAUAUCUGCCGCCGACGGUGGCUACUUUUUGCCCUCAACCAGACAACUUUUAUGUCUGUCGACGGCUGCUUUUCCGUGUGAAAAGAGGGAAGCCGGAGUGUCGCGGAGGCCGCCAUGGGGUGCUGUUACAGCGGCGAGGACGAGGCGGCAGAGCAGGAUCCUGAACGCAAGCCGCUGAUCACGCACCCGAACCCGGUCAGCAAACCCCCAAAUGGCACGGACUGGAUCAGUCCCACCGUGCCCUCGGCCAGGACGGACGAACAGGCCCUGCUCACCUCCAUCCUCACCAAGACGGCACAGAACAUCAUCGACGUGUCGGCGGCUGACUCAGUCAUGAUGGAGCAACAUGAAUACAUGGACAAAGCUCGACAAUACAGUACAAAACUUGUUGCAUUUAGCAGCAGCAGUCUUCAAAAGAAAGCCCUGGUUCUCCCCUCCUUCACCAGCCAGCCUCACCAAGUGCUGGCCAGUGACCUGGUGCCAUACUCGGACGUGCAGCAGGUGUCCAAGAUAGCAGCGUACGCUCACAGUGCAAUCUCUCAAAUCAAAGUGGACGCUAAAGAAGAACUGGUGGUCCAGUUUGCUAUUCCUUGAUUGUUCUUCUUCCUCCUCUGGUGUGUCUUUCUCUGUCUUCUUGUGCUUGGAAGGCCACAAUCAUUCAGGUUCUUCUUCCAUAUGUAACACCCAACCAUCCAUUACCACACCCGCUUCUCCAUCCCAUUGCUUCUCCAUUCGACGCGAUUCCCACCAUGUAGGGGUGUGACUCUUUGGGCACCUAAUGAUUUAACUCCGAUUCCUGGAGUUACGAUUCGAUUCAGGAUCGGUUCUGGAUUCAACAUAAUUCUCGAUUCAAACCAUUCUGGCAAUAUAGGUUGUGAAUCUUUGGCCACCUUAUGAUUCGAUCGGAUUCCUGAAAUGACAAUUCCAUUAAAAAAAAAGUCUCGAUUCAAACCGAUUCUUGCAAUGUAGGCGUGUGAAUCUUUAAGCAUCUAACGAUUUAAUCCCGAUUCCUGGGGUGACAAUU